AUGGCAAAUGCCGCAAGGCUGAAAAAAUCUUCACUGGCUACAUUCUACGUUUAUUUCGUGUAUUUAGUUUGCUAUUUGCCAUUGUAUUGUGUUGUUUUUGCCCAGACCAAUGGUGAAACUCCCUUGUUAUCUCAUUUAUCUUAUUUCACAAGGACUCUUGUGUAUCUCAAUUCAUCCCUCAAUCCCUUGAUCUACUGCUGGAAGAUGAGACACAUUCGACAAACUGUUAUGGAUAUACUUCGAAAUAUUUUCGUGAUUUGUCCCCACUAAAGAAAGGAUCUAACUGAGAAUAACUUAAUCGGCCUUUUUCUCUCUGAGUGGUGAAAAUAUUAGGUUUCCAGCAAUACAAUUGGAAAAAUGACACUAAAUAUAAACGGGAACUGAAACCUUGUUGUACUCUCUGUUUGAAGGCCAAGGGAUAAAUAUAUGAUCGAGUGAGUAUAAGUUCAUGAGAUUUCAGUUUGCUUUGAAAUAAUUAACAAAUAACGGGAAACUUUGAAAGUAUUAUUUAUCAAAGUCAGAAAGAGGGCAAAAAGAAAAAGCUGGGUGGUUUAGGACGAAUGACGAGUGACGUGAUAAAUAGAGGGCCGGGUUUCCAAAUUUUCAUGGGCAAAAAGUUCUGUGUACGUACAGUAAAGUGUCUUAAAAAGUUUACUAGAUUUUGUUAACCAUAGUGCAUCCAAUAAAGAAGACUAACUAAAGAGGAGAGAGAUCAAAACUGUGUCAAUAAAUCUUCAUGAUACUGAAUGUACCAAGAGUGGUGAAAAGAUUGACCGAUAUAACAACAACAACAACAACAACAACAACACAUAAUAAUAAUUAUUAUUAUAAUAAAAAUAAUAAGAAUAAUACUAAUAAGAAUAAUAAUGAUAAGAAGAACAACACAGCCUAUAUGUUGAGAGAGAAGAAAUCUAGUAGUUUAUACUGUUGAGAAUAUAUAUUACAAUACUUGUAAUUGAUUCAUAACAAUAAAGUUCACGUGAAAAAGCUAAAAUGUUUUGAAGAAUGGUAAAAAUAUACCAUUUAAUCAGGGUUUUUUUUAAUUUGUUGAGUCCAGAAAUUACUGAAUAAGAUCACUACAUUUGAAAGUUUCAGACUAGGAAAGAAAGAGCUUCCCUAACAGCGCAACCGAUCAGAACAAAUGAUAUAGCUUAUGACAUCAUAAUACUUUAAAAUACCAUAAUACGGAACCUGAGAGCAGACAUAAUAUGGCUCCAAUAUCAAUCAAAGUGCUUCUUGCUCUGAGAUUAAAAACUUAGAACCAUAUAAUGUUUGACGAAACAAUUAAGUACAAGGCCCAGGGUUGAACCUAAGUAAACAGUUUCCUCAUGUCCCAGUUCAACGACUUGCAAGCAACUCUCGGUACGUGCGUUUACAAUAACGUUAAAACUUUGUACGAGACCGUACUUAAUGUUUCCGUAGGCAUUUAGAACGAGCGAGUCCAAAAAAGUAAUUAUUGUAACCACUGAUGUAUAACAGAACAACAGCGAUAACAACAUGAAAAUGAAAAAAAGAAAGAUUAAUGAAUCCAUCUUUUUAAAACAGUAUUCUUAUCUCAAUAUAGAUUCGUUAAUAAAUGAAAUGAAAAGAACUUAAACUUUUCUUUUGUUAAUAAAUGAAAUAUAAAGAAUUUAAAGUUUCAGUGUUGUUUCUAUUUAUGUGCUUGUGGCUUCACUGGCCUCUACAUCUACAUCUACAAGGGUCCGUGCACACUUCGGUCAAUCUAAUUUUCUAUUUUUCCAACAAAAACGGAAAAAGGAAAUAUUACUUAUCGUUAUCAUAUUUACAUAUUUUAAAGUACAGAAAAAAAUAGAAAAAAAGAAAAUGGUCAGGAAAAUUGAUCAUUUUUUCGUUUUUCUAAUUUUGAAGUCCGCUUCAAAAAUUCAAAAAAUACUGUAAACGGCUAAAGGCGAUAUUUUGCUAUUUUUUAUUUUCUUGCUAUUGUUAGAAAAUGAGAAAAAUGAAAUAAUCUCCGAUUCUUAACUCAUUUUUCUAUUUUUCCGUUUUUAGCAAAAAAUAGAAAAACGGAAAAAUGAAAAAAUCAUAUUUAUUCCCACCAUUUUUUCAUUUUUUCAUUAUUCCAUUUUGUUCAAAAAAUGAAAAAAUAGAAAAAUAGCAUACCUAUCGCCUAAUUUUCCAUAAUCCCAUUUUAACAAGAAAAAUGAAAGUAUGAUAAGCGUUGCGAGCAAUUUUGUCAUUUUGUCAUGGAAAAUUAGGCGAUAGGUAUGCUAUUUUUCUAUUUUUUCAUUUUUUGAACAAAAUGGAAAAAAUGAAAAAAUGGUGGGAAUAAAUAUGAUUUUUUCAUUUUUCCGUUUUUCUAUUUUUUGCGAAAAACGGAAAAAUAGAAAAAUGAGUUAAGAAUCGGAGAUUAUUUCAUUUUUCUCAUUUUCUAACAAUAGCAAGAAAAUAAAAAAUAUCGCCUUUAGCCGUUUACAGUAUUUUUUGAAUUUUUAAAGCGGACUUCAAAAUUAGGAAAAUGAAAAAAUGAUCAAUUUUCCUGACCAUUUUCUUUUUUUCUAUUUUUUUCUGUACUUUUAAAUAUGUCAAUAUGAUAACGAUAAGUAAUAUUUCCUUUUUCCGUUUUUGUUGGAAAAAUAGAAAAUUAGAUUGGCCGAAGUGUGCACGGACCGUAUGACAACAUCGUAUAUUUUCCACUAUUCUUAAACUAAAAUGUGUUUUCUCCUACACAUUGUUUUCCUGUUCUUUGGUUACGAGCGCUCUUUCAUAAUCAUGGAAGUUCCCCCACAAUUUCUAUUUCAAGGGAGGGAGGGAAGAAAAGUAUGCUCUGGUCAUUUAGCAACUUUUAACCGCAAAGAAAAACACAAGACAUACACACUUCAUACACACUGAAGUUUUUUUUCGGCCCACAAUGUAACUUCUGGGUCAACUAGCUAAAUGUGCCAGCCAAUAAAGACAAUAAUUAAAGUCUAAUGUUUUUACUACCUUCAUUUAGAAAAGGCUAUUCGAGUCAGGGAGGGGGCUGAGGCUAAUUAUUGUUACAUCAGUUUUAUCCAAAAAAACCAUUUUACCACUUCCUUACGUGUAUUUGUAUAAGAAGACAUUUUACAAGGAAAUAAGCGAGUUUUUUUGUUUAUUUGGUACGCAUUAAAUUGCUUGCAAUGAUAUUGUUUUCGAUACAUUUUCAAUAAAAUGAAAUUGAGAAAUAGUUGAUUGUCGUUUAAGGCAUACAUUGCGUUUUUGCAACAUGAUUACUCAUCGAAUUGCCACGUCGUGUUGGCUGGUGGCUACAAUGGAUAUUUUAAACGCUCUGAUCAUUUGCUACUGAUUAAACUUUGACACACAAGACAGCAUGAUUUGUUUAAGUAACUACCUACUGUGUCUUUGUUUAACACCCAAGCUAGUAAGUUUUUUUUCAUGGAUAAUAAUUUUCUUAUCUAAACUCCUCCCUGUAACUAGUCGUAGAUCGUUUUUAUCAAAAGGUCUGUCUCAUAUUUUUUGCUUGGCCAGUAAAUACAUCGGAUUGGUCUCCGAUUUCUUUUUGUAUGAAUUUCUAUUAGCGAUUCAUUGCGACCAGCUGUACGUUGUUAAUACAUUAAUAUUGCUUUAGUAGUUUCAAUCUCUUCGUUUUUGAUCAUGACCGACGAAAUUCAUCACUUAGUACAAAGUUUGACCUAUUCUCAUUCGUAUAAAAGCCGCCGCGUGACGAUUUAAUCAACUAGAUUAGUGUGUGCUCCCCCGCGAAGCAGUCUAUUGGUCCUUUACGGUCCCCAGGGAAAUUCCCUAGGCCUUUUAUACGCCCUAGCAAACAAAUUCACCGUCUUCUCCCAAGUCUACUCUACAACGGGCAAGCAAGUUUCCCCACCCUCCUCCCCUUCAGCGGCGCUGGCAAAUUUUCUCUAUCAGCCCACCUUAUGCCUUAUGCAAAAUUUUUCACCCAUAACUUAUCCAUCAAAAGGUAUAAGGUGGCUUUUAUGCGAAUGUGAAUUAGUUACUAUCGCGUUUCGGUUUAAAUGAAAAUAUAUUCAAAUUACUGUGUGAUGACGACUUUAUAAAUUAUGAAUUACGGGCUCUGUUUUAAUGCUCUGCUCUUGUUUUAAUUCCAAACAAGGGAAUAUUUCGGAUGCUACGAUUACAACUUUAUGUGUCAAUGAAGGGAGAAAGUAUGGUCUUGUUUAUUAAAUGCGCAUUAAAUUGCAAGCAAUGAUGAACUUUCUUUAUAUUAACCUAAAAAGCUGGAGAUAAAUAAAUAUGAUUCACGUUUUGAUAGCUGCCUCGGAUGAAUUUAAUACCACUAUCCAUUAAGUAAGUUAAUAAAGCAUAGUAUAUGGUCCUUGAUUUCUUUCUUAAUAAAAUGAAAUUGAAACAUACUUCUCGAGUUGAUUGUAGUUUAAGGCAUAUAUUACUUUUUUGGAAUAUGAUUACUCAUUGAAUUGCCUCCUGGUGUUGGCUGGUUUCAUUAAGCUGAGACUCAGACAAUGGGCCGGUGUUUUAGACGUUCUGAUCGUUUGCAGCUGAUCAAGUCUGACACAUAUAUGACCGAAUGAUUUUUUAAGUAACUACCCACUGUAUCUUUGUUUUAAAACCCCAGCUAGUAAGUUUUUUUAUAGGUAAUGUCUUAACUUUUUUUUGUCUGAACCCUCAGUCCUAAGACUCGUCGUAAGUCGUAUUUAAUUAAAACUUGGGCGUUUUUUAUAGUUUUUACUUGAGUUCAGCAAACACGUUGGAUUGGUGUCCGACCUAAUAGUCAGCUUUUAACGCCUUCCAAACUAAAAUGUGGUUUUCCAAUUUGGAAAAAUCCAGAACAGUAUUGACCUUUGAUACUGAAAAACUUUGUGUUUCUGAAAGGUUUUCGCUAAUUAGAAGGAGAAAAAAUAAUAGUGUUCAGUUGUGUCCACAACUGGCGCGCACACAAGCGAGACUAACUACCUACUGUGCUGGUCUAUGUUUUAAAAGCUUAGCUAGUAAUUUUUUUUUCGGGGAACAAGUUCCUUCUUUCAUGUCAAGAGACUCGUCGUUUGUCAUAGUUACUAAAAAAACGUGCGUUUGUUUCACUUUAGUCCAGCAAACAUGCAGGAUUGGUCUCAUACUUAAUAGUCUGCAUCAUCCUCUAAACCAUUGCUUAACUCUUUUCUGUUUGACUUUGUGUUUACGAUUCACCACAAACCAGCUGCCAUUUCUACUUUGAUAUUGCGCCAAUAGUUUCGAAUAACUCACUUCCAUUUGACUGACGAACUUUAUCCUGAUACAAUUAAAGAAUUAUAAUACAAAAAUAUUUUCAGCCUAAAAUCGGCAGAAAAAACAUAAUAUUCAGCCUGUGUGUUUUAAACUGAAGAAACUGAAGCUAUAUAAUACGACUUGCAUCUUAUUAGUUGCUCUAAUUAUUAAGGAACAGAUGAUUUAUUAAGUGACUGGGGUGCUGUAUCUUUAGGCUGCCUCACACUCUUUAAGUCACCCGUGAGCAUGCAAUUUAUCAGAAAAUGUGUUCAUGGGUCCAGCAAAUACUGUUGGAUUGGUUUUCGACGUAAAAAUUCCGUUUUCCUCUCAAGUCACCUCUCAGCUCGUUCUGUCUGACUGUAUGUUUGCGAUUCAUGAUUGAAAACCAACUGCCUUUUGCUUAUUUAAUAUUGCAUCAGUAGUUUCAUAUAACUUCCUUCCUUUUUAACUGACGAACUUCAACAUUUAUACGACCUAUUGCGUUUCGCUUGAAAGAAAAUUAAUACUAAUUACUGUGUGAUGAUAACGUUACAUUUAAAGUUUCAACUCCGGGUUCAGACAUGCAAAGUUUCAAUUUCAAGCAAGGUGAGUGUUUGGAUAUUGUGAGCACGACUUAGGGACUUUUUUUACUAACUCCACAGUUCUCAGUUAAAAACCAAUUGCCAUCGGAAGAGGAAGUCUGGAGAAUAUUCAGUAAGUCUCGCAAAGAGUAAUUUCCAGCGUCAGUCUCGUGCAAAAAAGAAAAAAAUUGCAGAGUUCCUCAAAAGUAUGGCUGCUGAAACUUAAGACUGUGUAUAACGCUCCAUUCAAUGGUGGAAGCUGAAGGUCAGUCUCAUUCAAAAACGGAUGACAGCAAUGAAAUGUACGUAUUAUAGAAACUGAACGCUGAUUAGGGCUAUGUAAAAAAAAAAAAAAAAAAAAAAAAAAGAUGGCAAGUGCUGAAGGCUUGAAUUUGACAUUUGUUUUCUUCAACGCUUUCUUCUCUUUCACCGCCAUCGUAUUAAACAUCAUUACCAUGCAAGCGCUCAGAAAAACGUCGUCGUUGCCUAAGACUUUAAAAACAUUGCUAUUAAGCUUGGCUGUGUCUGAUCUGGGUGUAGGCUUACUUGUCCAUCCACUGUAUGUUGCAACUCUUGUGAUAGAAAAAAACAGUACUGCUUAUUCUACAGUAGAGUUAGCGCGUUCAAUCCAUGCAAAAAUAUUGGUCUUUGCUUCGAAUUUUGGUGUUUUUGCAUUAGCUGUGGACAGAUUCUUGGCCAUUCAGCUUCAUCUCAGAUAUCAGGAGCUUGUGACACACAAACGAGUUGUUGCUGUUGUGAUCUCAGUCUGGGUGUUUAGUGCAUCAAUUUCCUAUCCAAGUCAUCCUAUUAUGCGAGCGGUCAUUGUAGUUGUUUGUGUCACAACUACAGGAUUGCUUUAUUGCAAGAUAUACGCUUCCGUCAGACACCACACAAAUCAGAUUCACGCUCUGCAAGUGCAACAGGCGACACAGAAUGAAGAUAUGGCAAAUGGCGCAAGGCUGAAAAAAUCUUCACUGGCUACAUUCUACGUUUAUUUCGUGUACUUAGUUUGCUAUUUGCCACUUUUUUGUUAUCUUUUUGCUAAGACCGUCAACGGUGAAACUCCCUUGUUAUCUCAUUUAUUGUAUUUCACAAGGACACUUGUGUAUCUCAAUUCAUCCCUCAAUCCCUUGAUCUACUGCUGGAAGAUGAGACACAUUCGACAAACUGUUAUGGAUAUACUUUGAAAUAUUUUCGCGAUUUGUCCCCGCUAAAGAAAGGAUCUAACUGAGAAUAACUUAAUCGGCUUUUUUCUCUCUGAGUGGUGAAAAAAUUGGCUUUCCAGCAAUACUAUUAGAAAAAUGACACUAAAUAUAAAAGGGAACUGAAACCUUCUUGAGGGGGGCAUUGCGAUUUUCGGUUUUGCGGUUUUGGCUAUUUUUUAGAUCGGUUUUUCGGUUUUUGUUGCAAAAGACUUCGGUUUUUCGGUUUUGGUGGUCAUUGCGGUUUGCGGAUUUUUCGUUUUUUAGCAUCUGGUUUUCAGUUUUCGUGAAAAAUACUAGCGGUUUUUCGGUUUUGGUACCCGAUGUGGUUUUUGGUUUUUGGAAGGGCAGUGAGGUUCAAUAAUCGACUCCUUUUUUGAGUAUCUGUUUAUUACCACAUUAAACCUUAGAGCAAGUUCCUGCUGCCAUGUAAAACUGAAAAGGAACUAAUUGUACCGGUUAGCUUCCUCAGUGUCGACUCAGCUCAGUGCAAUCGCAUGUUAGACAAUCGAGUCUCCAAACUUUCAGGUGUUAGUUAUCAAAUGGAAAUGUUCGAUUAGAGAUUUUCGAUUGAAGUUUCCAGGGCUAUAGCUUUUUACGACUGCAAAAUUGCAAUUCUAAAGAGGACUUGUGUGCAAAUUCUCCUAAGUUAACUAGGCUCCAUAACUAGCGGCUUUUCGGAAAUUGAGCCGCAAAGUCUGGGCUCGAGAGAGCGGCAGAAACAAAGCCUAUGAUUAAGCAGACACAAAAAGAUACGAAGGCUUCAGACAAAGUCCAUGACAUUCACAAAUACUUUGGUGAAAUUAGUGUUAGUUUAGUUUGCUCUGUAUGCCCCACUUGUCACCACUGUAUCGGUUUUUGACGGUUUUGUAUGCGGUUUUCGGUUUUGGCCGAAUUUUUUUGCGGUUUUGCGGUUUUAUAUGAUUUUUUUCUUCGGUUUUGCGGUUUCUAAUAUACCCCAAUGCCCCCCUCCUUCUUGUACUCUCUGUUUGAAGGCCAAGGGAUAAAUAUAUGAUCGAGUGAGUAUGAGAUUUCAGUUUGCUUCGAAAUAAUUAACAAAUAACGGGAAACUUUGAAAAUAUUAUUUAUCAAAGUCAGAAAGAGGGCAAAAAGAAAAAGCUGGGUGGUUUAGGACGAAUGACGAGUGACGUGAUAAAUAGAGGGCCGAGUUUCCAAGUUUUCAUGGGCAAAAAGUUCUGUGUACAGUAAAGUGUCUUAAAAAGUUUACUAGAUUUUGUUAACCAUAGUGCAUGUAAUAAGGAAAACUAACUAAAGAGGAGAGAGAUCAAAACUCUGUCAAUAAAUCUUCCAUACUGAAUGUGCCAAGAGUGGCGAAACGAUUUACCGAUAUAACAACAACAACAACACAUAAUAAUAAUUAUUAUUAUUACAAUAAAAAUAAUAAGAAUAAUGCUAAUAAGAAUAAUAAUGAUAAGAAGAACAACACAGCCUAUACUAUUUGUUGAGAGAGAAGAAAACUAGUAGUUUAUACUGUUGAGAAUAUGUAUUACAAUACUUGUAAUUGGUUCACAUCAAUAAAGUUCACGUGAAAAAGUUAAAAUGUUUUGAAGAAUGGUAAAAAUAUACCAUUUAAUCAGGGUUUUUUUUAAUUUGUCGUGUCCAGAAAUUACUGAAUAAGAUCACAACAUUUGAAAGUUUCAGACUGGGGGAGAAAGAGCUCUCCUCACAGCGCAACCGAUUGGAACAAAUGAUGGAUAGCUAAAUGACAUUAUAAUACUAACCAGAAAGCAGUCAUAAUAUGGCUCCAGUAUCAAGCAAAGAGCUUCUUGCUCUCAGAGAUUAAAACUUAAAACCAUAACGUUUGACGAAACAAUUAAGUAUAAGGCCCAGGGUUGAACCUAAGUACACAGUUUCCUCAUGUCCCUGUUCAACGUCUUGCAAGCAACUCUCGGUACGUGGGUUUACAAUAAAGUUGAAACCUUGUACGAGACCGUACUUAAUAGGGCCAUUUAUACGAGGAAAAGUAAGACGCGUCUUACAUAGGACGCGUCUUAAAUAAGACGCGAACUUUCCGUAUAAACGGCACAUUUCAUCUAAAAUAAGACGCGUCUUAGCUAAGACGAGAAAAACUUCGUAUAAAUGACCUUCGCGUCUUAAAUAAGACGCGAACGCAUAGUACGCAUGCGUUGAUUUUUGGCGCGCUACGUUGGAUUGGAGUUGCUACGGGCAACAUUCACAUGAAAACGAGUCAAGAACAGAAAUAAGACGCGAACCAUUUAUACGAGCUGUUCUCGUCUUAGAUAAGACAUGCUCGUACAAAUGGUACAGUUCGCGUCUUAUUUAAGACGCGUCUUAUGUAAGACGCGUCUUAUUUUUCCUCGUAUAAAUGGCCCUAAUGUUUCUAUAGGCAUUUAGAAAGAGCGAGUCCAAAAAGUAAUUAUUGUAACAAACGAUGUAUAACAGAAGAAAAGUAACAACGUGAAAAUGAAAAAAACAAAUGACAAAAAUCGUAUAUUUUCCACUAUUCUUAAACUAACAUGUGUUCUCUCCGACACGUUAAUUUUCCUGUUCGGUGGUUACGAGAGCUCUUUCAUAAUCAUGAAAGUUCUUCCACAAUUUCUGUUUCAAGGGAGGGAGGGAAGAAAGGUAUGCUCUUGUCAUUUAGCAACUUUUAACCUCAAAGGAAAAUACAAUACAUGCACACUUCAUACAAACUGAAGUUUUUUUUUAUUUUGGCCUACAAUGUAACUUCUAGGUUUAACACCCUAGCAAGUAGCGUUUUUUUAAUGGGUAAUAAAUUUUCUAUCUAGACUCCUCCCUGUGACUCGUCAUAGAUCGUUGUUUAUCAAAAGGUCUGCCCCAUAUUUUUUGUUUGGGUCCAGUAAAUACAUUGGAUUGGUCUCCGACUUGAAAGUCGAUUUUUCCUAUAAACCAUCGUUUAACUCUUUCUUUGUGUAUGACUUUGUAUUAGCGAUUGAUUGCAACCAGCUGCUGUUAAUAGAGCAUUUUCGUGUGACCUUGAAACGAAAACGAAUUUAUUAUAAUUAAAAUUUUUUCGUUUUUUUAUAGUUUUUACUUGAGUUCAGCAAACAAGAAAAAAAAACAAAAAACCUUAUUGAGUUAUCUCCAAAAUUGAACAUUACAGUUGGACAGAUUGUGAAAACUAAAGUCCGGGUAAAUUUAAAACAUAAUAAAAUCAUUUUUAAUCAUUUUUUAUCUUGUAUAGUAAUACUACUUUGCAAUGACGAAUAAGUAUGCCAAAAGAAUAUAAUGCACUGCCCUUGAAAAACUAACAAAGAGGUUGCAAGAACACAAAUAAGUAGCCCAGCAAAUAUUUUUGUUUGACGAUAACAACUUUUUGUAAUGAAAUGGUCACUGCCGGAAAACUACCCAUGCAAGACAUACUAAGGAACUUAAAAGAAACUAAACAUUCACAAGUCUUACAUUGAAACAAGACAUUGCUAUAUAUAUAUCUUACAGAAACAACAUAAAACAUUUAUAUAACAUACAAAUUCAAAAGAAUAUUGCAAACAAGAAAAUUAUACAUAAUUAUGCACAAAUGAAAUGCAAAUGGCCUGUAACAGCCAUUAAACCAUUGAAAAACAAACUUUUUAGUGUGACCAGCAACCCUAGCACACUUGUAUACUUCAUGUCCAGUAUGAUUUAAUUUCAUUCUUGGUUAAAUUUAUUAACUGCAGCCAGGCUUAAAGGGAACCUCCACUCUUACUACAGAAUAAGUUUAAAUCGAUUAAAAUUAUGUUGAUAAACAAAUUUGUUCGAAAUUUGUCCUUAAAAAAGUGUUUAUAUCAGGAAAAGUGAAUUUUAAAAUCGCUUAUUUUCACUUUCAAAUUUCGCGGGCGCCGCCAUCUUGAAUAAUUGCGACGUGUUACGGUUGCUCUAUAGUUCUGACACAAAGAGCUUUUGUUUAAUAACAAUAGGGCAACCGUAACACUUCACAAUUAUUCAAGAUAGCGACGCCCGCAAAAUUUGAAAACAAAAAUGGGCGAAUCUAAAAGUUAUUUCUUUCGGAUACAAACGCUUUCUUUAAAAAUAUUUUAGAUUGACUUGACUGUAACAUUUAUUUCCUGUGAUUUAAAGUUAUCUUUUUGUUGAAGUGGAGGUUCCCUUUAAUCAAACUUGAUGCAAAAUUACUUUCCUGUUUCCUUGUCUACAAUAUAUAAUAUUAAGAGGGAGAAUAUAACGCUAGAAAUAUUAUACAGUAGUACAAUCAAAAGAUAAGGCACCUCCAGGAAAUCGAGUUGGUCCCUACUAUUCUUCAGUCAUUUUCUUUUACUCUCUAUAAGAGUUACACCUGUCCAUUAAUACAGACAUUUUGUGCCAGUCCCAACAGUUUCCAUCUGAGAACUGACUGUAGUUUGUUCAACACCACACUUAAGCCUCUGACGAAAAAAAUAUAUGUUACACAGCAGUCUUAAUUUAUUCUACUUGCAAUCAAAUUAAGACCUCUUCAUGUUCUUCUUCAUAUUCACGGUAUUAUGAACUCGUUUAUCUUUCAGUGUGUGUUCUGACUAGUAGUCUUUUCAGGCGGGCACUCAUUGUUGUCCUGCAAAAAAUCAUUAUAAUAACAAAUAAACACGUUAUAGGAUUUAAUUUUACAGACGAAUCUUUGUGGGGAUUUGAAAGCAAAUUUCUCCAUAGGCUUCUUUCUGUUUCUGUGCAAUACAACCUUUAGAUUUAUACCGCAGUGGAGCAGAAUUUGUUGUUGUUCAUGUACAGACUGUCACACGAGAUCAUUCGAAUGCAAUUUUCUAGUAGAACUUUAAAAAUAGUCAGAACCUUCUUGGAUCGCGGUUCUGUAACUAAAAAAAAUUAUUUACCAUCUUAGUGUAUCUAAAAAAAAGAAAAACCGCUAAAUUGGGCAACUGAAAUCUUUUAUUUUACUAACAGGCUAAACGUCGACUUACAAAACAAAAACCUUGCCAUCGCCAUUAUGAAGUCGUCACUUCAGAAGUAAAAGAACCUUAAAGGUUCAUAAAAGUUCACUCUAAAAAGUUGCAUGCACAAACAAAAGUUAUAAAACCAUUUUUUGUAGCCGUUUAUUAUCAUUUGGUUUUGACUGGCAGGAUGAAACGUGACAUGUUCAACGAUUCGAUGGGCCAUUUUGACACUACAUAAACAUAAAAGGCGAGGAAACAUCUUAACUUAUAAGACUUACUGUAAAAUAUCACCUAAAUAGUUUCUGUAUAUCGCAUAGAAAUACGCCAAAUAUCAAAUCUAAUUAUAGAUUGCAGCGAUCUAAACAUAUAAAGCAAAAACUCCUAACCUACCUCCAGCUCGGCGCCAUUUUUCUUGCCCUGACAGCGGUAACACUUGACAGCGGUCGGAGCGGAAAGGCCAACUAGUUCCAGUCCUACUCCGCAUCAUACCUGCAUGAACAAAAACCAGAUUCGCGCUCUGCAAGUACCUGAACAAGUAGCUCAGAAUGGAGACAUGGCAAAUGCCGCAAGGCUGAGAAAAACUGCUGUUGCUACAUUUCACAUGUAUAUCUUGUUUUUAAUUUUUCAUAUUUAUAGUUUGUUCAAAAAAUAUAUAAACUCGUGUAAUGCGAAGCUGCGAAGGCAACACCGAAGAACGGUAAAAAACAACAAUAGGUCUAAUUAGCAAAAAAGCAACUUUGCACGUGCAGCACACUUUUUUGUACAUUUCUUUGCCGUUGUGUUGCACGACUACAACGUGAAACUUCCACAAACUUCUUAGUUACACGCUUUAUGGGGGAAAUGUCGUACGUGUUCUCGCUCACUUUUUUUUCACUGCCGCUCAUUUUCACAUUGCAUUGGUGGCCGCUAGCAUUUCUCAUUUUCUCACCGCAGCUACAAAAUUGUCAUGUUGUUCUUGUAACAAAAAACUGUCUCCUUUUUUGUUUAUCUCUCGCUCUAGAUUUCUGUCGCCCUUUUUCUCGUUGAGCUUCGCUGGUGUGCCGCCUAGUUUCUCUUUUUUUUCUGUCUUUCACUUCCUCUAUUUUCCAAUUUUUUGGGAAUGACAGUUCAAUUAAUCUAAGCUUUUAAGCUUAGAUUUAUUGUCAUGUCCAAAAAUUUGGGGAAGUAUUACAAUACUUCAGACAACACGGAUACAGAAACAAUUUCUGCUUUCCGUUUUCGUCUUUAUUGACUCUUUAGUUGUCUCUGCUUUACAACACUUCAGUGGCUAUGCGAUUUUCCGCCCAAAUAACCUCGAGUUCCAUUUGGGUUGCCAUACCUGUUGAUUGACUUAUUUUACAUUGGUAUGCCUGUGGUGCGGACAGACGGUCAGUUGCUCGGUCGGGCGGUGUACGGUCACUUGAUUACCCAAUUUUUUAGGAUGGGUAGAUUUACUUAGCUAUGGAGCUACGCUACGAACAGAGUUAAUUUACACGUUCAGGGAUGGUUUAAACUUUGGAGAAGGUAUCCUUAAUAUACAGGUAGCUACAACUGGAUUAAUACAGGUUUCAAUGUAUUUCUCUGAUGCACAGAUAACCAAAUUUUCUUACCCACGGUGCACUGCUGCGCGCGCGAGAGCUUUGCCAAAAAUGUGGUGAACCAAGACGUUCAAAACGCCAAAAUAGAUUUAUGCCAGGCGGCAGCCAUUUUGUCUCAGGAGAUUUAAAAAGCUUUGUUUAUGCACAGCAAGCCUCGUAGAGAGAACAAGGCUUUCUAACAAAGCUUUUUAAAUCUCCUGAAACAAAAUGACCGCCGUGGGACAAAGGUCCAUUGCCUAAUUCCUUUGUAUCGCGUAUCGUCUGUCUGGCCUGGGGGUUAAUUAGUCCCUCUAAUUAUAAUGACCAAUGCGGGGAGGCUCAGCCCGAAAAGGGUACCUUUUUCACGCCUCAAGUAUAUGAAAGGGUAGGGAUUUCACUAGUUGAAGUAAAUGAAACUGUAGGUAGAUUUGUCAUUUCGGUCCGUAACAAGGCCCAACACAACUGAAAGACGCAUUAUGUCUGUGAGAGAGUCGGCGCGAGAAAACUUUCUGGCUUUCAGAUUUGUUCACAUGAAAAGACAGUCCAUUUACAGCAGUUCGAAGGGAUACAAAGUUCUAAACAAGGUAUGUGGAAGGGGUACCAUUUAUCAGUAGAAGGCAGACGAAAGGGGUACUGUUGAAGUGACAAAUGAAAUAACUGAUUACAAAUGUUGUAAAAAUUGGCCACAAAUGUGAUAGAAACCUAAAAUGCUAUCAAAACCGUAUAUUACUCGAUAGAGUACCGCUUUAAAUUAAAUUCCGCGGCUCCCUUUCGAAAAACACAACUCUUUUGCCGUGAUUUAAUCCAAAGAGCGCAGCCCUCAAAUAACUUUCGCAACUUAAAGUCGAAAAACAAUAAGCGCCGUGGCGCUCUUUCCAGUAAACAGAAUUUAAUACACUCUUCUUGCGCCCGCUCGCUCGCUGUCCGGACGAGAAACAUUGUUUUACUUGGCCUGACCGUAUCAGCAAAUCGGGACUUGUGCGAGAAUUUGCAUCAUAUAUUGGGAGUGUCACGUGGACAAACUAAAAGCAAGUGGAAACUCCUGAUCUGCCUUCCCCGCGUACGCAUGGGAGAACUGCCUUGCGGUUCUCAGCAAGCAGCUCCCAAGAAUGGCUCAAUGACCAAAAUAGUGUUUCCUCAAGAUCAACACGGAUACAAACUGGAAAAUAUGAAAUCUGCGACGUUCCCACAUGCACAUGUUACAGUUACAAAUCUUAAAACUAAAAGACUGGUAUAUAACAACUAAAUAUUACAGAUUGGACCAUAACGAUUACAGUAGAUUAAAACAGAAAAGAAUAACACAGCAGUUCACACAAAAGCAUUAGACCUGUUAAUUUUUCGAAAUCAUACCUUCAACUGAUUCUAGCCUUAAAUUCAUCCAGAGCUAAAUCUUUAGGUGCUAACUUAUUCAUGUACAAGUAAUUUUUAGCAAGCAGAAGAGUAAAAUCGAGCCUUUUGACAAUUUCCAAUUAAUCAUUUCUAUCUUUUAAAAAGCUCAAAGUACUAUUUCUUUUGACGCGAUUUCUCAAACCCCGAACUUUGAGUGACAAGAUGAAGUGUUUACCUUGUACCGUUACUGUAAGAUAAUGCCAUAGGGAAAAAACACUAAAAGAGAAUCUGUUAAUUAACUGGCCGAUAAUCAGGAGAAUAGCUACCAUCAAGAGGAUAUAAGUACAACUCAGUGCCGGAUACAGGCCUUGAAAUAAGGGGAGCGAGGAGGGGGGAAGGGGGGUCAUCCAGACCCUUAGAUAAGAGGGGCCCAGUCUCCGAAAAAAGUUUUUUUUGGCCCUUCGGGCCUCAGUUUGGUCUAAAAAUAAGAGGGGGGGAGGCAGGUCCCCCUGGGCCCCUCCCCUGGAUCUGCCACUGCAACUUCAGACAAACAAAUUUCAAUGAUUUUUCAAGGACAAAUUACAGUUUUUAAGGACUAAGAUUUUUUAAUAAAUCAGCAUUCUUUAACCCCCUUUGAUCACUCUAUUGGCUUUAGCUCUGUUGCCGACGUCAUUAAAGACUUUAAAAUUUAGUCGGACUCGACUUUGUUGUUUGUUUUUCUCUCUUCUAUGGCUAAGUCCGGAUAGACUUUCUCUCUCUAAAAAGUCGGGGUGGAAAAAACCCCGUGUUGCAUUUGCCAUACCUGUUGAUUGAGUUAUUUUACAUUGGUAUGCCUGUGGUGCGGAAGGGUGUGCGUACGCUCACGUGAUUAUUAAUGCACAGUGAACCAAAAUUCUUACCCAUGGUGCACUGCUGCGUGCGCGAGAGCUUAGCCAAAAAUGUGUGUGGUGAACCAAGACGUCCAAAACGCCAAAAUAGGUUUUUGUCACGCGGCAGCCAUUUUGUCUCGGGAGACUUAAAAAACUUUCUUUAUGCACAGCUAGCCUCGUAGACCUUUAACCUUCUGUUGGGGCAUGAAGAUUUUCAGAGGUUUCAAGGAAAUUUUUUGUCUGAUCUGAAUUUGUCUGCAAGAAAAAUAUUAAAAUGUUAAGCGACUAUCCGCGGAGCAAAAGUUACGGAAUCAUAGCUUUCAACCUUAAACGUUGUUUCAAUGAACAUAAUUUAAUAUCUACUGCGAGCGUAAAGUCACGGCAUUGCUCAAGCACUUUACAACUGCAAAAUAUAUUCAAGUCUUCAGCCUCGCCGACGCCUAUUUCCCUUUCGUAAACAAUCGUUGCCAUUUACAACACGCGAUACCACCAUGUUGGUAACCAAGCCUUUUGUCAUGAUGUAAUAUGUUCCCUGGAUUAACUUACAAUAAGAACGCUCUUAAAAGGACGAGUCUCGCUUGCUUGGAGAUUAGAUAACAGAUAAGGAGGCGAUUAAUUCUAUGCGAAGCAGGAUUUCUUCGCUAAAAGGUUUCACUUCCGCUUUAUCGACGGUCGAGUUUUCUUCAGAAUAUUUGACAAAUUCAGAAUAUUUAAUGAAUAUUUUCUUCAGAAUAUACGCGUGUACAAAUACAAAUCAUUGCUAGAAAGUAAAAACAUAAUGAACAUGGCGUGUCAUUUCAGUCAUCGCCAAAAAUAAACCGCAUGCUCAUCACAAGACUCAUUUUCAUACAAUGAAAGUUUACAACGCCCGACCAGUUUAUAGCUUUUCCAUCAAAGUUUUCAGUGAAGGAUUCACUUGUUCCAAAGUAAUCAACGCUUUCAAGCAACAGAAUUCGUGGACCGACCCGUUCCCGAAAGUUCGACAUCUCUGCAUCAAUCUUUCCUAAGCUUUCUUCACAAAAUAGAGCAUGGCGUUGUGACAGGUAGCAAUUUCCAUCCUCAGUUUCCACGAUCUCCACUAGUAACGCCUGGGACCAUGAUUCCCCUUUUGGCGCGCACACAAGCGAGACUAACUACCUACUGUGCUGGUCUAUGUUUUAAAAGCUUAGCUAGUAAUUUUCUUUUUUUUUCGGGGAACAAGUUUCUUCUCUCAACUCAAAAGACUCGUCGUGUGUCACAGUUACUAAAACAAAAGGGCGUUAUCAAUCAUUUGCCUCAGUCUGUCUUAUGACGAGGCACUUAAUGAAACUGGUAUUCCGACCAUUAUUUCAUAUUGCGAGGACAUAUGUGACAAGGUUUUUAACGCUGCCCUCUGCAACAAGGAUAACAAACUUAACAAGUUAUUAACUGAAGCCAAUAAGGCUCCAUAUUUACUAAGAAAUCACCGAUACUUUGCACUUCCAAAGUGGAAAACGGACCGUUUUAAGAACACUUUUAUUUUGUCAUCGUGCCUAAUUAAAGAACAAUUAAAUGAUUCGGUUUGAAUGCUUUUAUAUAUUAUAUGCAUGAAUUUUUAAUAUAUUUAAUAUUGAUGUAUGGUAAAUUAUUUUAUUUUUAGCUUAGUUUUAUUCGUAAAUACGCAAUUUAGCCUCUGGCUGCCCACGUAUUUAUUUUUGAAUAAUGGGUGUUUGUUUCGCUUAAGUCCAGCAAACAUGUAGCGGAUUGGUCUCAGACCUAAUAGUCCGCGCUUCCUCUAAACGAUCGUCUAACUCUUUCCUGUUUGACUUUCUGUUUACGAUUCACCGCAAACCAGGUGCCAUUUCUACUUUGAUAUCGCGGCAAUAGUUUCGAAUAACUUACUUCCAUUUGACUGACGAACUUUAUCCUAAUACAAUUAAAGAAUAAUACAAGAAUAUUUUCAGCCCAAAAUCGGCAAAGAAAAAUAAGAAUAUUCAGCCUAUGUCUUUUAAACUGAAGCUAUAUAAUACGACUUACAUCGUAUUAGCUGCUUUAAUUAUUAAGGAACAGAUGAUUUAUUAAGUAACUAGGGUGCUGUAUCUUUAGGCCGCCUCACACUCUUUAAGUCACCCGUGAAAGUGCAAUUUAUCAAAAAAUGUGUUCAUGGGUCCAGCAAAUACUGUUGGAUUGGUUUGCGACGUAAAAGUUCCGUUUUCCUCUCAAGUCACCUCUCAGCUCGUUCUGUCUGACUGUAUGUUUGCGAUUCAUGAUUGAAACCCAACUGCCUUUUGCUUAUUUAAUAUUGCAUCAGUAGUUUCAUAUAACUUCCUUCCUUUUUAACUGACAGAACUUCAACAUUUAUACGACCUACUGCGUUUCGCUUGAAAGAAGAUUAAUACUAAUUACUGUGCGAUGAUGACGUUUCAUUUAAAGUUUUAAUUCCGGGUUCAGACAUGCAAAGUUUCAAUUUCAAGCAAGGUGAGAGUUUGGAUAAUGUGAGCACGACUUAGGGACUUUUUUUACUAACUUCACAGUACUCAGUUAAAAACCAAUUGUUAUUCGAAGAGGAAGUCUGGAGAAUAUUCAGUAAGUCUCGCAAAGAGUAAUUUCCAGCGUCAGUCUCGUGCAAAAAAGAAAAAAAUUGCAGAGUUCCUCAAAAGUACGGCUGCUGAAACUUAAGACUGUAUAUAACGCUCCAUUCAAUGGUGGAAGCUGAAGGUCAGUCUCAUUCAAAAACGGAUGAAACCUAGAAAGCAAUGAAAUUCUUUCCAUACUAUAGAAACUGAACGCUGAUUAGGGUUAUGUAAAAAAAAAUGGCAAGUGCUGAAGGCUUGCAUUUGACACUUGUUUUCUUCAACGCUUUCUUGUCUUUCACCGCCAUCGUAUUAAACAUCAUAACCAUGCAAGCGCUCAGAAAAACGUCGUCGUUACCUAAGACUUUAAAAACAUUGCUACUAAGCUUGGCUGUGUCUGAUCUGGGUGUAGGCUUACUUGUCCAUCCACUGUUUGUUGCAUUUCUUGUGAUGGAAAAAAACAGUACUGCUUAUUCUACAGUAAAGUUAGCGCGUUCAAUCCCGGCAAAAAUAUUGGUCUUUGCUUCGCAUUUUGGUGUUUUUGCAUUAGCUGUGGACAGAUUCUUGGCCAUUCAGCUUCAUCUCAGAUAUCAAGAGCUUGUGACCCACAAACGUGUUGUUGCUGUUGUGAUCUCACUCUGGGUGUUUAGUGCAUCAAUUUCCUUCCGAAGUCCUCGUAUUAUGCGAGCGGUCAUUGCACUUGUUUGUGUCAUAACUACAGGAUUGCUUUAUUGCAAGAUAUACGCUUCCGUGAGACACCACACAAAUCAGAUUCACCGUGACGCUCAGCAAGUACAACAGGCGACACAGAAUGAAGAUAUGGCAAAUGCCGCAAGGCUGAAAAAAUCUUCACUGGCUACAUUCUACGUUUAUUUCGUGUAUUUAGUUUGCUAUUUGCCAUUGUAUUGUGUUGUUUUUGCCCAGACCAAUGGUGAAACUCCCUUGUUAUCUCAUUUAUCUUAUUUCACAAGGACUCUUGUGUAUCUCAAUUCAUCCCUCAAUCCCUUGAUCUGCUGCUGGAAGAUGAGACACAUUAGACAAACUGUUAUGGAUAUACUUAGAAAUAUUUUCGCGAUUUGUCCCCACUAA